GCUUUACAUAUAGUCCAACACUCACAAAGCAAAAGUCAAACAAAUAAAGUUUGUUACACUGAUACCGAGUCAUGGUGCAUUCCAGCCCAACCGUUAACAUACUCGAGGUGCUCCGAGUUAGCCCACCGCCUUCUGACUCAGUCACACUUCCACUCACUUUCUUUGACUUGGGUUGGCUCAAACUCCAUCCCGUUGACCGCCUUCUUUUUUACCGAGUCCCCGAGUUAACUCGCUCCGUCCUCGUAUCUAAACUCAAAUCCUCUCUCUCGGCCACGCUCCGUCACUAUCUCCCGCUUGCCGGCCGCCUUGUGUGGAACCCAACAGACACAAAACCAUCCAUAGUCUAUUCUCCUGACGAAAAAGAUGCCGUCUACGUCAUGGUAGCUGAGUCCAACGGUGAUCUCUCCAGUCUCACCGGAGACGUACCUCGCACCGCCACCGAGUUUCAUCCUUUAGUCCCCGAGUUACCUGUCUCCAACGAGUCAGCUCCUGUUCUCGCCGUUCAGAUAACUUUCUUCCCAAACCAAGGGUUUUCUCUCGGCGUGACCGCACAUCACGCCGUUUUAGACGGGAAAACAACAGCCAUGUUUCUCAAAGCAUGGGCCCACAACUGCAAACAAGAACAAGAUCAUCCUCUACCGCACGAUCUAACCCCUUCUAUGGAUCGUACGGUUGUCAGAGACCCGACCGGACUCGAGACAAAACUCUUGAACCGGUGGAUGUCCGCUUCCGACAACAAACCAAGCUUGAAGCUGUUUCCUUCCAAGGAAAUCGGAGCCGACAUCGUCCGAGUCACGUACCGUUUGACUCGGGAAAACAUCCAGAAGCUCCGCGAACGAGUCGAGGCCGAGUCAAGAACCGGAGCCGAGCUGCGUCUGUCUACUUUCGUCAUCACUUACGCUUACGUCAUCACAUGUUUGGUGAAGGCGCGUGGAGGUGACCCGACCCGGCGCGUGUGUAUAGGUUUCGCUUCUGACUUCCGGUCACGGCUGAACCCUCCGUUGCCGUCGACGUAUUUUGGGAACUGCAUUGUGGGAGCAGGAGAUUUCGACGCGAAGGCAGAACCAAUACUGGAAGAAGAAGAAGAAGAAGGUAAGGGGUUUAUCUCGGCGGUGGAGAGUUUGAGUGGAUGGGUCAACGGGUUGUGCCCGGAGAAUAUAGAGAAGAAUAUGCUUUCGCCGUUCGAGGCGUUUAAGAGGAUGGAACCGGGGAGACAGAUGAUAUCAGUUGCUGGGUCGACCCGGUUGGGGAUUUACGGGUCGGAUUUCGGGUGGGGAAAACCGGUGAAGGUGGAGAUAGUGACGAUCGACAAGGACAUGUCGGUUUCGUUGUCGGAGAGUGGAGACGGAACCGGGGGUGUUGAGAUUGGGCUUUGCUUGACGAAGGAUGACGUGGAACGGUUUGGUUCGUUGUUUUCCCUCGGGUUGAAACUUAAAUGAGAAAAUAUGAUUUUCAUUUUGAGAAAACCACCAAAAUAACCUCCAACUUCAAAAAAAAAAGCAAAAAAAAACUUAAACUUGAA